AUGAGUCAGGGUAUGUUCUUGGCGAAGGCUCUGUACGACAACGUUGCGGAGGCGGCAGAUGAGCUGGCCUUUCGCCGGGGUGAUGUGCUGACGGUCAUAGAGAGGGACACCAAAGGCUUGGACGGCUGGUGGCUAUGCUCCCUCCGCGGCAAACAUGGAAUAGCUCCUGGAAAUCGCUUGAAGAUCUUGACUGGUAUGGGCGAGGGAACCGGUGGUUCUGUAGGCGGAGAUUCCUUACAUAAGAAAAACAUGGCCUUGUACAAUCAGCCCAACAUUGAUCGCCAAGACUAUGAUGUACCACCUUCAAACAGAGGAACCAUUGAAGGUGUGCCUUCUCCAUCUCGCAGACCAUCCUAUGAUGCCCUGAGAAAUUUUGCAGGACCCAGGAAAGCUUCCCUGGGAAAUGAUCUGUAUGACACCCCUCCGAGCAGCAAGCGGGGCUCAGCUGAGAACCCCAACUCCCUGUACGAUACACCACCCAGCAGCAAAAGAGCCUCCAGCGAAAGAACCCCACCUCACAGUAACAGAUCAUCAGCUUCCAGGGAAUCAGGUUCGAACCUCCUGUCCUCCUACUCACCCAGUCAGCUGUCGUUGACCUCACACCAGAGUGGCAGUGUUUUGAGUCUUCCUACGGUUGGCAGGCAUAGAAGCGAUUCUCACUCGAGCAGUGAAACAUCUCGAAGCAGCAGGUCUUCGCUCGACAGAAUAUUAUCUGAAGAAGGCCCUCCAUUGUAUGAUACACUCUCACCGGCAGCUUCCACUGAACAUUUAGCACCAGAGGAUCCUGUCUAUGAUACACCCCCAUCCAGGAACCAUGCGUUAUCCCAAGCCAACCCCGCCUCUAAGUCUAGUUUAGCCUCUGCAGCUUCCAGUGAGUCACUGUUGUCCAAUAAUUCUAGCUUUAACAGUGUCUCCAUGUCGCAGGCAACCAGCCUGCCUGAUUCUGCCCGUUCCAGUAUGGAUUUGCCUUCAGACAUCUACGAUGUACCUCCCUCAACCCUUGAAAUUGACAGGUCCCGAAAGCAGUUAUCGAUGGACUCUGGAUUGGGCUUCUACGACAGUCCAGUAAGAUCCCGGCCGUCCUCGUCCUCUUCAAACACAGUCAUAUUAGAGGGUUUGAAAUCUUCACAGUCUUCAUUUGACUGUAAACCGACUUCAACUGUUAAAGAAAUAACACGCAGCAAGAGUUUAGAAAACGCGGUAGAUGAUGUGUACGACACACCACAGAACAACAUGCCAAAAGUUGGCUUGAAGAAAAUAGGAGGAGCUCCAUCUGGUUCUGGCUCAUUGUCCAACGCAUUUAGCGAUCCCUCCAGUGUUUAUGACAUCCCUCCCCAAGUAACAAGAGAUUCGGUCAUCUCUGAGAGAUCGGAUUCCUCUGAUGAUAACCAGAGGCUUUCUUCAACUAGUUUGGACAAUGAUCAACAGAUGGCUGAGCUUCUCUUGUACGAUGAACUGCAUCUGGAUCUGGAUUCUGCACUGGAGGUGCUGGUCAAGAGACAACAGGAUGUGUAUAAAGCUACCAGCAGACUUGCCAGUUUUGUCAACAACACCUGGAGAAGCCGAGUUAGCUUGGAGAAGACUCUGUAUGACAUCAAAGUCUCCUGUACAAUGGUGAGGAAUUCUUUGCACGAUUUUGUAGACUUCUCCCAUGGGGUGAUAGCCAAUGCAGUGAGGCUGCCAGACCGUUAUUUGGCCAAUAAACUGAUGAAAUAUGUAGCUCCACUGCACAGCACUUUUGAUCUGGUGAAUAAAUCAUUCAUAAAUCUGGAGGAAAUUAAAUGGCAGGUUUCACUUUUAGCAGAACCUCUUGACAAAACCAGGCCCGACCAUCUCGGUCAAAUAGCUUUGGUUGCUAAGGACUUAAUGCUGGAGGUGAAGAAAGUUGCCUCAUUUAUUCAAAGUAAUGGAACUGUUCUGUUUAAAAAGGCACCUGUCGGGGAGGCCAAGAAGCCACAGAUGUCAUCCAAGCCUCCCGCAGUUCCAAAAGCUGGUGAAAACAGUGGAGGCAAAGUAGCUGGUGCUGGUAAUGGGAAACCUAAAGCCAUGCAGCAUCGACCCCUGCCAGCAGUCCCCGGCAUUGAUAAGAGUCUGACAGUAAACACCCUGGCAGCACUGUCCGAGAAACAUAAACUGUCCUUGUAUGAUAUCAAAGCUGCGCUGCACCAGGAUGACUAUGCAGAAUGCGAGGAACUCCCUGAUGAGAAAGAUCCUGUGCAGGCACACUGUGAUAUAGUUGAGCCAUCUGUGCAGGAUUAUGACUAUGUGCAGCUGGAUACCAGGGAUGUUUAUUCCACGUGUCACGGAAAGAAUUCUCCUUCUGCAGAGGAGGCUCAUACUAAGUCUGGCCCAGGGGAAAUGGAUGUGUCCAGCAACAAACUCGAAGAGGUCAGCUCCAUGGAUAGUUCAUCAGGGAAGACAACUCAGCUGUUCGACAGUGACCUGGAACUGAUUCCUGUUAAAGACAAACAGUCUGACGGUAAUAAAGAAACUGUCGGGACAACAGCUGAGAAUUCAUUUUCUAGAAACUCUGCAGAAAAUUCUAGAUUCCCUGCAGAAAAUAUAGCUGAUGAUACUUCUGAAGAUGUCUCAGACUUUGAGCUCUCAGAGCAAGACAUGAAAACCCCUGUUAAUGUCAGCAGUGCAUCUUCUAGUGAGUCAGAGUUUAUUAUCCCAGAACCAGAAAGCGGAAAAACCAUACGAGACAUUCUAGAUCCCAACGAUCGACAGGUUCUUGUGUAUUAUUCCGAACAGAUGAACUCCCACUUCACCCUCCUGGCCAACGCCAUUGAUGCUUUUAUUGGAGUGGUUUCCGGCAAGGAGCCUCCAAAUGUCUUUUUAUCACACAGCAAGUUUGUGAUAGUGUCUGCUCACAAGCUGGUGCAUAUAGGAGACAGCAUCCAUAGGAAUCUGAUCAGCAACAGUGUGAGUGUGCGCAUCAUGCAGGGUGCCAACCACCUCUGUGACUGCUUGAAAGCCUCCGUGAUGGCCACCAAGACUGCAGCUCUGCAGUACCCGUCUCCUCCAGCUGUGCAGGAGAUGGUGGAUCGAGUAAUUGCUGUGUCUCAUGCAGCCCAUGACUUGAAGCUUGUAAUAACGCAAGCAGCUAAACAGUAG